GUAAUCUCAUUCAACUCAGUCUUUUGGAAGAAGAAGUCCUCGCUCUACACUGUUCCCAUUUCUGCGUUGUACUUUCGAAACUCAUGCGGCAUCUUGGCAGCUACGUCGGGAACAAAAAGUCCAAAGUUUCCACUUGGCAUCCGAUUCUUGGAUGGUUUGUACAGACACUAGACAACGAUCUCCUCGCUGCGAUGCCCUUCGUCACCAAACAGCUCCGACUGUUGUGGAACAAUCGUAUGGUUCACCUCCUAUUCGGUGACCUCUAUGCACAAGCCGAGUUAGACAACGAAGGGGACAGGCCCUCUCAAGCCGCAUCGACUUCAAAAACAUCGAAAGUGCCAUCCAUACCCAGUGGUUCAUCGUAUCAAAGAUCUAAUCAAUCUGGCCUCAAUGCUGACCGUUCUCCUGACCGUGUGCGUCACGGUUUGGGUCAUUUUUUGGGCCAGUUGGCGAAGCGGAAUCGUCUAAAGGUCCCCCUGAAAAAACUCAACGGAGACGAUUCCUCUCUCACUCGCCUUCACUCUACUUAUUUGGGACCUCACAAUCUUCCACAUUCCCUGAAAGCCGUAUGCAUGCUCUAUUGCUUCACUGUGGGCAGUUUGAGACAGAUAAGAAAUGAUAUUUUGGCAGGGAGAGUUUUGCGACCAGGGGAGAAUGUGCGCUCAGGUUUCGCCUGUGUACGGUCCAACUGA